UUAGACGAGCAGCCAGUGUAGUCGUUCGUUCACUCAGCAGUUUCAUUGUUGAGACAGGGUCUCACAUAGAACUCGUGAUGUCAAGGAUGGCUUUGAACUCUUGAUCUUCCAGUCUCUAGCAUUCUGGAAAUUACAGGCGUGCCCGUGAAGAUGAGUUGAAUCUUCUGGUUAUCAUAGUUGACACCAACCCGAUUUGGUGGGGAAAGCAAGCAUUAAAGGGAUCUCAGUUUACUUUAUCCAAAUGCAUGGAUGCUGUGAUGGUGCUGGCGAAUUCCCACCUCUUCAUGAACCGCUCCAACCAGCUGGCUGUGAUAGCCAGCCAUAUCCAGGAAAGCCGAUUCUUAUACCCGGGGAAGAAUGGCAGACUUGGAGACUUCUUCGGAGACCCUGGCAACCUGUUUCCUGACUGUAAUCCCUCCGGGAGUAAAGAUGGGAAAUACGAAUUGUUGACAGCCGCAAAUGAGGUGAUUGCCGAGGAGAUCAAAGAUCUGAUGACCAAAAGUGACAUAAAGGGCCAGCACACAGAGACACUGCUAGCAGGAUCCCUCGCCAAAGCCCUUUGCUACAUUCACAGAGUGAACAAGGCAGUUAAAGAUAAUCAGGAGAUGAAAUCAAGAAUAUUGGUGAUCAAGGCUGCAGAGGACAGCGCGCUGCAGUACAUGAACUUCAUGAACGUCAUCUUUGCUGCUCAGAAGCAGAAUAUUCUCAUUGAUGCCUGCGUCCUAGACUCGGAUUCAGGGCUCCUCCAACAGGCUUGUGACAUCACAGGGGGAUUGUACCUGAAGGUGCCCCAGAUGCCUUCCCUCCUGCAGUACUUACUGUGGGUUUUUCUUCCGGAUCAAGAUCAGCGAUCUCAGCUAAUCCUCCCGCCUCCGAUCCACGUGGAUUACAGGGCUGCCUGCUUCUGUCACCGAAGUCUCAUUGAGAUUGGCUAUGUCUGCUCCGUGUGUCUGUCCAUUUUCUGCAAUUUCAGCCCCAUCUGCACCACAUGCGAGACAGCCUUUAAGAUCUCCCUCCCUCCUGUACUGAAGGCUAAGAAAAAGAAACAGAAGGUGGCCCUGUGAUGAACGACAAGCCUUUCCCCAUCCUGCUGCAGCCAGCUCUCCCUGGAGGGCGCUGCUAUUAUCCCGUGCUUAUAGGGUGGAGCUGAUGUGCACCCCAAACCUCCCAUGUUCCAUGAAAGGGGACAAGCACAGGGUUAACACUUUGUCUGUUGCUUGGCAGAAGCUAGCUGGGCCUGGUUCA